UGUCUAUGGUUAAAUUAUAAUAUUUCACUAGAAAAUUAAAUGACUUCGUUUCCGAGCUGGUUGAAAAUACUGUGAUCUUUUUCCGGUUUAUCGUUAUAUUGUACGAACAGCAAAAUGAAGGCAAAGGGGGAAUUGAAGGAAUUUGAAGUAAUAGGUCGUAAAUUACCGACUGAAAAAGAAAAAUCUACACCAUUAUAUAAAAUGAGAAUAUUUGCACCUGAUGCCAUUGUUGCAAAAUCUAGAUUUUGGUAUUUCUUACGGCAACUUAAAAAAUUUAAAAAAUCUACAGGAGAAAUUGUUUCAUUGAAACAGAUACCAGAAAAAUCUCCAGUUAAAAUCAAGAAUUUUGGAAUUUGGUUAAGAUAUGAUUCUAGAUCUGGAACUCAUAAUAUGUAUAGAGAAUACAGAGAUCUUUCUGUAAGUGGUGCUGUAACUCAAUGUUAUAGAGAUAUGGGAGCUCGUCAUCGUGCUCGUGCUCAUUCUAUUCAAAUUAUUAAAGUUGAAGUUGUAAAAGCUGCAAAUUGUAGAAGACCACAAGUCAAGCAAUUCCAUGAUUCAAAAAUCAGAUUCCCAUUACCAAAACGUAUUCAUCAUAGGAAUCGUAUGCCACUUUUCAGUGUUAGAAAACCACGUACCUAUUUCCUUUAAAUAUUUUUCAGAUUUAAAUGAUUUGCAUAUUGACAUCAAAUAUAUUAUUCUAAAUGAAAUAAAAAAACAUUUAUUGUA